AUGGUAUCGAUUUCUGAUUUCCCGGAAAUAACAGAUUCUGAGAAGGAUGAACCGGAUUUUGAUCUUUUGGAUUUCUACGCAAAAACAGAGUUGGCUGAGGGUUUUAGACACAUCGAACCUAAACUUGAAGAGGAAGACGAAGAUGCUCUUCUCCGUCUAAAAGCGAAACUGUACCGGUUUGAUAAAGAUGGAAAUCAGUGGAAAGAAAGAGGAGUUGGUAUUCUUAAGCUCCUUAAACAUAAACAAACUAAAAAAAUUCGUCUGGUUAUGCGACAAUCUAAGACACUGAAGGUUCUUGCUAAUCAUCUAGUUCUUCCCACAAUUCCGACUCUAUUUCAUGUUACGAGUCGGAAUUCAUUGACAUGGCAUGCUAGUGAUUUUUCUGAUGGUGAACUGAAAGAAUAG